UGGAAUAUCUAAGUCAACGCCCAAAUUCAAGACUAAAUUUUGUUCUGAAUUAAUUAAGCUUGUUUAUAAAUUCGACAGAGCAUCGAAAUGUCAAUCAAAUAAGAUUUGACAGUCAUGACAAGAUCCACGUUCUUAGUUCUUGUAUUUCUAUUUGCGAGCGUUGUUGCUCAAGAAUACCGGAACUUUGAUUUUAAAGAAGAACUUCUUCAAAAAAAAUACGUAGUAUAUGGAAUUGGACAGCCUGGACCACCUGGACCUCCAGGCCAAAGAGGUUCACCAGGGCACAAAGGUCCACCAGGACCUCCUGGCGAAGAGGGAUCUGAUGGUCCAAGAGGACCUAUGGGACAACAAGGAGACAAUGGAAAGAAAGGUGACACUGGACCGCAGGGACCUGUAGGAAAACCCGGACAAAGAGGUUUGCCUGGAUAUGAGGGUCAACCUGGCCGACCUGGCCCUAAGGGACCACCGGGACCACCUGGUCCUCCCGGUCCACCAGGACCACCUGCAAGCAAAAAACACCAUUCAUCACACCACUCGUCUCACUCCUCACACAAAUCACGUAAAACCACAACACAAAGCUCAUUAUUAUAGCAGCAAACACUUGGUCCACACGAAAGAAUACCCGGAAUUCCUGAAUAUCCAUACCAAUCGAGCUAAUAAUGAAUAAAUAAUAAAUUUUGUCACUUGUUUAUUAUUCUCAUUGCAAAAAUAAAUCAUUAUGAAUAAAGAAAAUACACAAAACUAAUGUUUUUAUCAAAGAAACGAAAAUAAUAUAAAUAAAGGCAAAAUGUGAAAAUAAAACAGGAAAUUUAA